AAAGAAGGAAUUUCGUGUUUGGAUGCUGUUCUAAUAUCUAAGUCUAUGAGUCAGGAACCAAAUGCUCAUAUGAGCCCAGAUCCAAUUGAACCUGGGAGUCCAUUAUCUGGACGAAAUCCCCUUCCAAUGCAAGCUUUAAGUCCGGGCAUACCUCCAACUGGGAACAAGCGAUUAAAUUGCACUUUUCUGGACCCUCAUCUGAUAAUGAGUCAGUUGGAGUGAUUUCAGAUGAUAAUGAAAGCAUGAAAGGGAGUUUUCCAUCAACCUCUUCUGAUCUUGUGGAAAAUGAAGGGGAACUAGCAUCAGAUUAUUGUUGCAGCCAUUGGGCAAUGGAGAAUGCGAACGCGCCAAUUUCCGUUUCCCCUGAUUUUGUUAGUUGUGGGGAUGCCUAUUAUUCAGAAUCUCGGUUAAUCUUUUCCUGCAAUUUCAUCAAGCUUGAAGUUUUAGAUGCAUGUGGAAACAAGGGAACUUUUAGCUUUGAGUGGGCAUUUGGUGAUGUCAUUGAGAUUGAAUCACUGUGGUGUGAAAUGGCCCGAACAGCUCUAGUUAAACUCUGUUUAAAAGAAGCAGAUGCAGCAGGAGCUGAAAAUGCAGGUGAUACUUCAGGUGUUGUUGAAUUGAUUUUCGGAGUCUCUGAACCUGAUUGGUCUGAGAAACAAGAAAUGAUCACAUCAUUGCAUGAGAGAUACAAGGCUCUAUGGAAGUUUGGGCUUGGUACUGAAGAAGAUAAGCAAUACUUCUCUACUUCUAAUGAAGCUUUUGAAGAUGUUAUCUAUCCAAAAGGGGAUCCAGAUGCUGUUUCUAUUGGUAAGAGAGAUGUCGAGCUAUUACAACCGGAGACAUUUAUCAAUGAUACUAUUAUUGACUUCUAUGUUAAAUAUUUGAAGAAUAAGAUUAAAUCGGAGGACAAGCAUCGGUUUCACUUUUUUAAUAGUUUUUUCUUUCGCAAGCUGGCUGAUCUAGACAAAGAUCCAUCUAGUGCUUCUGAAGGCCGAGCAGCUUUUCUACGUGUUCGUAAGUGGACAAGGAAAGUGGAUCUAUUUGAAAAGGAUUACAUCUUUAUUCCUGUUAACUUCAAUUUACACUGGAGCUUGAUUGUCAUUUGUCAUCCGGGUGAAGUGGUUAGUUUUAAAGACGAAGAUAUUGAAAAGUCCCCUAAAGUACCAUGCAUUUUGCACAUGGACUCCAUUAAAGGAAGUCAUAAAGGCUUAAAGAAUCUUAUUCAAAGUUACCUAUUGGAAGAGUGGAAAGAGAAGAAAAAAGAGUCAUCGGAAGAUGUUUCAACAAAAUUCUCUAAUUUGCGGUUUGUGCCCUUAGAGCUGCCACAGCAGGAAAAUUCAUUUGAUUGUGGCCUGUUCUUGCUGCACUAUGUGGAAUUGUUUUUGGAAGAAGCUCCAGUUGACUUCAGCCCUUUCAAGAUCACGAAAUUCUCCCCCUUUCUUAGCAUGGAUUGGUUUCCACCUGCUGAGGCAUCGUUCAAGCGUUCACUUAUCUCAAAAUUAAUUUAUGAAAUCCUUAAAGAGUAUUCUCAAAAAGUUCUUCAGCUUCCUUCUGGUGACAAGCAAAGUUCCUCUGAGUUUCGAGAAGAUGAUAAUGAAAAUGAAAAUGGAGUGGAAAUUCUUUCAGAGGAGCUCAGUAAUGCAAAAAUAUGUCAGAAUGACCCUUCUUCCACUGCUGAACAAGGAAUAGAAAUCAAACCUUUGCCUAGAUCUCCUAGGGAGCUUCUCCAAUGCAGCAGAGAUUCAGGAUUGGUUUAUAGGGAAUUUUUUACUCCAGGGUCCACUGCAGCAUCGUCUCCUGAUGGUCACUACAGACCUUUUGAUGCAAUGACAUCUUUUCACCAAUUGAAGUCUGCAAUGUCACCUUUAGAGGAAGAUUCAGAGACUGGUGAGCAGUUUGUGUACUCUCCAUCAGCAGAUUGUCAACCACUGGCUGGAUUGACAAAAGAAGCUUGUAAAACAUCUUCACCUUCCUCCAAAGAGUGUGAACAAUUCGAGAUGCUUUUGAACCCAAAAGUAUCCAUUCAACUGGAUGAACACAGGGAUGGGGACAUAUUCCGUAACCCCUCAGAUUGUGGAUCACCUAGUUCACCAGGAGGGGCUGAUGAGCAUGACCCAAUAAAGGAUGUGGUGUCUCCAAAUCUCCAAAAUUCCCAGAAGUUGAGCCAAGCAUCACCACAAAAAGUUGAGUGUAUCACACAAUGCCCUGCUUCACCUCCCAGAGGAAAUUUAGAAAGACAUGUUGUUGAAGAUUCUCAAGAGGUGGAUGGUCAGAGUUUGGAAAGCGAUAUUGUUGAAGAUUCACUGGAGUUGAAUAGACUGGCUAAUAGCAAUGAAACUGAUGAUCCUCUUCGCUCCUACCCAGAAAAUGCUGGCUCACCCCAUAAUGAGGCUGACUUCACAAAAGAUAUGGAUGUUGAAAUCAAUGAUGUGCCACUUAGCAGUGAUUCUGUGUUGGAACCAUUCAAGGAGCCAGUUACAAAACGCCCAAGGCUUAUAUCUUAACAAGAAGCACAAUGGAAGGGACUGCAUUUGACUAGAGGUCGUGUUCCUUGGCUAACCAUUCGGGAUUUUGCAUCUUACUCAGUAUUAAUCUGUUAGAUUGUGAAUAUCUGCUGCGUCUGUACAUCGACUGUGUUAUUUGGGGAGUUGAUCAAGGGACAGAUAGAUGGGGUAAAUGGGUGUAUGGAUACAUCAGGUCCGUUUCUGGUAUAAUUUCUUGUAAAAGAAAAUCGCAUUUGUCGCUCCGGGAUGUCUGUAAAUAUAUCAGGUUUUCUUCGCA